AUGGAAUUUUUUCUGAUUAGGCAAAAUACUCUCGCUCAACUCAACGAGCAAGCUGCAAAGAUUGAGGGUGUCGAACCCGAGAAAGAGAAUGCCCACAAUUUGACUGUUCGAGCUCAAUCACUUCUUGACGAGGCACAGAAAAAACUUGACGAGAAGAUUGCCGCUGAUGAGAAAGCUGCUCGUGUUGAAGCAAAAUUGCUUGAGAUCAAAGUCGUGCCCGAGAGUGUCGCCGCUCUUGCACAAGCUCCACAACAAGAAAUCCCACAAGACGAUCAGGAUGUGUUGAAGAGACAAGAAGAUGCCACUGAAGUCGACAUUGGAAAGCUUCAAGAGAAACUCGGUCAAGACUCCACGUUGACGGCAAUCAAAACGGUGGCUAACACGAUUUGCCAUAACACACAAGCGGCCAACGGAUCGCUUGGACAACCGAAAACCCAGCUUCAGCAACGAACAGUCAUUCAAUUUAACACAAACCCAGCGAAACCUCCAUUCUUUAUCGGGCUCACUCGACAAAGCGGGAAUUGGAUUUGGGCUGAUGGGAGCUAUUACGAUGCAAAUGUUAGUGGUGACAUCAUCGAUAAGGGUGGCGAUUGCGCGGUGGUGCAACAACAAAGCGGAUUCAAUGUGAACAUCAUGAGUCAAAGCUGCACGACUGCGGCUUAUUACACGUGCCAAACGAGACCUUGCACCACGGAUUUUUAUUGUGUC